AGAAGUCAUUGGACUUCCACAAACAUCAUCAUUCUUCCGUAAGACCGCUCCUUCAUCUGCGUGUCUGGUUUGUCUCUUUUCUGUUUGAUGUAAUGCCCCACCGAGGUGUUAGAAGCAAAGCUCUUUUAAGACAAUUUUUAUUGUAUUUACGCCUGCCAUUUGUGAAUGAGGUUACGUUCAAUAGUAAUGAUAAUGCAUUUCGCUACUUACAAUGGCGAUUGAUGACUACCAGCAAAAGGGUUCAAGAGAGGAGCAAGAGAAAACGUGUCCAUGAUCUUGAGGUGGCUCUGGAAAAGCACAAAGUACUGUCCAAGAUUCUAUUUUUCUUUGAAAUUUUAAAGCAAGAGCCUGAACAAAUCGUGCCCAUUAAAAGUUUAGAUAGGUACAGAAGGCAAAUUAACCUCCCUAAACCCCAUAAACUAUCAGCUUUUCUUCGGAAAUCGCCUAAGCUUUUCGAGCUGUACAAGGAUCAGAGAGGGGUCUUGUGGUGUGGGAUGACGAAAAUGGCUGAGGAAUUAGUGGAGGAAGAGGGAAGAAUUAUUGAGGAGAAUAGCGAUAAGGCUGCUGAAUAUGUUACUAGGAUGUUGAUGAUGUCAGUAGAUAAACGACUUCCAUUGGAGAAGAUUGCACAUUUUAGGAGGGAUAUAGGGUUGCCAGUGGAUUUUAGGAGCCGUUGGGUGCAUAGAUAUCCUGAAAAUUUUAGAGUCGUGCGGCCGUUUAAACCGUAUGAUGAGGGGGAAUAUUUGGAACUUGUUGAGUGGAAGUCUAGUUGGGCAAUAACAGAAUUGGAGAAGAAGUCAGGGAUGGUUGAGGAGUUGAGUGGUGGCGAUCACGUUCCAGGGCUGCUUUCGCUGUCGUUUCCUAUGAAGUUUCCUCCUAAUUAUAAAAAGGUCUUGUCACGAUAUUAUCCACAAAUUGGGAAUUUUCAGAAGAGAGAAUAUUUGUCUCCGUAUGCAGAUGCUAGAGAUCUGAAAGCUGGCUCACAAGAAUUUGAUAAGAGGGCUGUGGCAGUUAUGCAUGAGCUACUGAGUUUUACAACUGAAAAGAGGGUGGUAACUGAUCAUUUGACACACUUUAGAAGAGAAUUUGUGAUGCCUCAAAAGUUGAUGCGAUUGUUGCUGAAGCAUUUUGGUAUCUUUUAUGUUUCGGAGAGGGGGAGGAGGUUUAGUGUCUUUCUCAAUGAGGCCUAUGAAGGUUCAGAAUUGAUAGAAAAGCAUCCCUUGGUUGUUUGGAGGGAAAAAGUCAAUGGACUUAUAGAUUACAGAAAGAAAAAGAAGAGAAUUGGGACUGUUGAAGUUUUACAUGAUAUAGAUGAUAAGGACCUGUUUGAGAGUGAGUCUGAGAAUGACAGUAUCUUGUUGGAUCAUGAACAGGAGGAGACCAUGGGUAAUCUAGAGGAUGCUUCACCUGCAGACAGUUCAGAGAUGGAGAUUGAAGAGAUUUAUGCGGCAUACCAGGACUGAAACUUCACGAGUUUAUAGGAAUUGUUCACUCAGGAACUUUAAGGUUGUUAAAAUGAUGAAAUGACCGUGAAUGGAGAA